AUGCUUCUCGACCCCACCGCCGCCCGGUGGCCGCCCCUCCUGCUGCUGCUAUUGCAGCUGCCGCCGCCGCCACUCGUCUGCGGCGCCCCGGCAGAGCCGGGCACCAGGGCGCCGGCCUCGGAGCUGCUGGUGCCCACGCGGUUGCCGGGCAGCACGAGCGAGCUCGCCUUCCACCUGUCUGCCUUCGGCCAGGGCUUCGUGCUGCGCCUGGCGCCUGACGCCAGCUUUUUGGCACCCGAGUUCAAGAUCGAGCGUCUCGGGGGCUCCGGAGCUGCGGCCGGGGGCGAACCGGGGCUGCGCGGUUGCUUCUUCUCUGGCACGGUGAAUGGGGAGCGAGAGUCACUGGCGGCGGUGAGCCUGUGUCGCGGGCUGAGCGGCUCUUUCUUGCUGGCAGGCGAGGAGUUCACCAUCCAGCCGCAAGGCGCAGGGGACUCCCUGGACCAGCCUCACCGCCUGCAGCGCUGGGGGCCGGGGCAGCACAGGGAGGACCCCGGGCUCGCCGCUGCCGAAGUCUUCCCUGUCCCUCAAGGACUCAAGUGGGAGGUGGAGAUGGGUGAGGGGCAGGGACCGGAGAGAAGUGACGACGAAGAGGACAGGGAGCAGGACAAAGAGGGGUUGCGCAAAAAGAGAGAAGACUCCAGCGAACUGCCACCACCCUUAAGAUCCAAAACUAGGAGCAAAAGGUUUGUGUCCGAGGCUCGCUUCGUGGAAACACUGCUGGUGGCUGAUGCGUCCAUGGCUGCCUUCUAUGGGACAGACCUGCAGAACCACAUCCUCACAGUGAUGGCAAUGGCUGCCCGAAUCUACAAGCACCCGAGCAUCAGGAACUCCAUCAACCUUGUGGUGGUAAAAGUGCUGAUAGUGGAAGAGGAAGGAUGGGGCCCAGAGGUAUCGGACAACGGUGGGCUCACACUGCGCAACUUCUGCAACUGGCAGCGGCGCUUCAACAAGCCCAGCGACCGCCACCCAGAGCAUUAUGACACUGCCAUUCUGUUCACCAGACAGAAUUUCUGUGGGAAAGGGGAACAAUGUGACACCCUGGGAAUGGCAGACGUCGGCACCAUCUGUGACCCUAACAAGAGCUGCUCAGUGAUCAAGGACGAGGGCCUACAGGCAGCCUACACUCUGGCCCAUGAGCUAGGGCACGUUCUCAGCAUGCCCCAUGAUGAUUCUAAGCCCUGUGUGAGGCUGUUUGGGUCCAUGGGCAAGUACCACAUGAUGGCGCCAUUCUUCAUCCAUGUGAACAAGACGCUGCCCUGGUCUCCCUGCAGUGCUGUGUACCUCACAGAGCUCCUGGAUGAUGGUCACGGAGAUUGUCUCCUAGAUGCCCCCACCUCAUUCCUGCCCCUCCCCACAGGCCUUCCAGGCCACAGUACCCUCUAUGAGCUGGACCAGCAGUGCAAACAGAUCUUUGGGCCUGAUUUCCAGCACUGCCCCAACACCUCUGUGGAGGACAUCUGUGUCCAGCUCUGGUGCCGCCAUCAGGAUAGUGAUGAGCCUGUUUGCCACACAAAAAACGGCAGUCUACUGUGGGCUGAUGGUACGCCCUGUGGCCCUGAGCACCUAUGCCUGUAUGGCAGCUGUGUGCUCAAGGAGGAAGUGGAGAACCCCAAGGCUGUGGUAGAUGGAGACUGGGGUCCAUGGGGACCCUGGGGAGAAUGUUCUCGCACCUGUGGAGGAGGAAUACAAUUUUCUAACCGUGAGUGUGAUAACCCGGUGCCUCAGAAUGGAGGAAGAUUUUGCCUGGGCGAGAGAGUCAAGUAUCAGUCAUGCAACACAGAGGAAUGUCCACCCAAUGGCAAAAGCUUCAGGGAGCAGCAGUGUGAGAAAUACAAUGCCUACAACCAUACUGACUUGGAUGGGAAUUUUCUGCAAUGGGUCCCCAAAUAUUCAGGAGUGUCCCCCCGGGACCGAUGCAAGCUGUUUUGCAGAGCCCGGGGGAGGAGUGAGUUCAAAGUGUUUGAAGCCAAGGUGAUCGAUGGCACUCUGUGUGGGCCAGAUACUCUGUCCGUCUGCGUCCGGGGGCAAUGUGUUAAGGCUGGCUGUGACCAUGUGGUAAAUUCACUUAAGAAACUGGACAAAUGUGGAGUGUGUGGUGGCAAAGGCACUACCUGUAGGAAGGUCUCCGGUUCUUUCACCUCCUUCAGUUAUGGGAACAAUGACAUUGUCACCAUCCCAGCUGGUGCCACAAACAUUGAUGUGAAACAACGGAGCCACCCAGGGGCCCGGAAUGAUGGCAGCUACCUGGCACUGAAGACAGCCAAUGGGCAGUACCUGCUCAAUGGCAACCUGGCCAUCUCUGCCAUAGAGCAGGACAUCUUGAUGAAGGGGACCAUCCUAAAGUACAGUGGUUCCAUGGCUACCCUGGAGAGGCUGCAGAGCUUCCAGGCCCUACCUGAGCCUCUAAUAGUACAGCUCCUGACUGUGUCUGAUGAGGUCUUUCCUCCAAAAGUCAGAUACACGUUCUUCGUUCCCAAUGACAUGGACUUCAGCAUGCAGAAUAGCAAAGAAAAAGCAACCACCAACAUCAUCCAGUCAUUGCCCCAUGCAGAGUGGGUGCUGGGGGACUGGUCUGAAUGUCCUAGCACUUGUGGAGGUAGCUGGCAUCGGCGGACUGUGGAAUGCAGGGAUCCUUCAGGUCAAGCCUCUGACACCUGUGAUGAGGCUCUGAAACCUGAAGAUGUCAAGCCCUGUGGAAACCAGCCAUGUCCUCUAUGA